AUGACCCGCAACAAUAGUACCCACUUCACCACCCAAAUCAGCUUCCCCCGGCGGGAUAACCCUGCUCUUGCCUCAGAGAAGCCAUACGUCCUUGAUUACUUCCCCGGGCGUGGCAUCCGUAAAACAAACAUAGAGUUCGAAGUUGUCCGCAAUAUUGAGGUCCAGGACCUCCGCGAAAGCUCUCUCUCCUUUGAGAAGAAUGGGGUUGGUGUCACUCAGCUCAUGACAGCCAUGGAGUACCCGGAUUUCCAGGACGUGGAGAAAGUCGAGAGUUGCUAUUUGCAGGAGGCGAGGGAUGCUAUAUCUGGCUUUUUGGGGGCGGACGAUGUCUAUGUUAUUGAUUAUAAUAUCCGACGGCGUGAUGCCACGUUCCCGAGCGCAACGGGGUCUUCUUAUGAUGCGGCACAGCCCGUUGUUGUUGCUCACGGCGAUUACACUCCUCGAGAUGCGUACGAGCGAAUCAAGAUUCUAUUCGAGGAAGAGGCGGAAGCGAAGGCAAAGCAGAGGUUCCAAAUCGUGAAGUCAGUGUGCCUAUAUCCAUGUCUUUCCACUGGAGGAUGA